CCUUGGCACUGCAAUAAUGACUGAUUUGACAUAUUAAAGUUCAAGCAUGUGAAAUGAGAUUUCCGUUAUCUAUUUAUUUUUGUUUUAUUUCGAGCAUUUUAAGUGAGAAUUACUAUGAUGACCAGUACGAAAAUCAAAGUGAAGGGUCUUUCUAUGCUGACUGGGAAUUAAUGGAAGUUGCAAGUUCCCCACAAGGCAAUCAUAAUGAAACCAUAUCAUUGUCAUCACAAACUGACAAAUCGUCUUCUGAAACUUGUGUUGUGGCAAAAAUUAUGAAUUCAGUUUGGACGCAUUUGACAGGAUUGGCGGACGAAAUUGAGCGCUUAGAAAAAGAACUUCAUUGGGAUAAUUCUAAUGAGACAAUUAAUAAGCAAUUGAAUGAGACCGACGAUUAUCCUGAUGCCAGCAAUAAUAGUCAAGAAUUGGACUUGACGGAAGUGAAAUCUUCAGGGGCUUCUAGCAUAAACAUGAGCAGACCCUUCGAAAAAGUUGGAAUUUUAACACCCAAUUCCUCUUCGUUGGACAUAACUGCUAAUCGCACUUGCAACGAUGGAACAUGUUCAAAUGCAAUGGUUAUAAAAAAUGGAGAAAUGAAAGUAAAUGGCACGUCUGUGAAACAAUUGGCCAAUAAAAUGGAAAUUGAAAAGCUGGAACAGUGGCAGAAUCAAAUUGAAAAUUGCAAGCAGUUACUGAAACUGGAUCCAAAUAUAACGUUGGAAGAAAUAACAUCCAAAUAUCGCAGAAAGAAAUACAAGGACAGGGCUAUACCUGUGGACGAAAGGUCAUUCUACAGAAGACAUAGUGAGGCGGGCAAAUUGCAUCGUCCCAGACAUUUUCGUGGGAAGAGACAAGCACAUUUAGCUCCUUCCUUACAACCUGAAACAAAACUAACGCGACAUCGACGGUAUCAACGACUCGGUCAUUUGUCACCAGGAAAAAGUCAUCAACAUCUCAAUUCCAAUGAAAAUUCAAAAAUACACAACUACAUAUUCUAAUAAUAUUUUACGUUUCAAAUAAAGUGUAAAA